CUUCUUUUUAUAUUGCUUCACUCAAUCAGUCCGAUUUCAAAAUUAUCCGUUGGCAUGUUACGUCUGCCUAUUCUAAUGGUCCACUGCAAACGCACCUGUAAUACCGUGAAAAUGAACUCGACAACAUAUCAGAUGCCGCACAGUCAAAUGAACUCCCCACCUAUAUUGGUGUUACAUGGACUGAACCUCUCGGGAUCCAAUUGGCGUCGUUCGGCUCGGCACAUGAUGAAGCAGGGCUCGCGCUGGCUCAUAGUCGUGGAUGCUCGUAAUCAUGGCGAGAGUCCUCAUUGCGAGAGCCAUACGCCCGCCGACAUGGCUGCGGAUGUGGCGGCCUUGAUAGAGGAGAGAAUGUUGAAGCGGAUUGUUGCCUUGGGUCAUGGCAUGGGCGGGCGGGCGCUGAUGACGCUGGCCCUGACCAGGCCAGAUCUCGUGGAACGUAUCAUCGUGGUGGACAUAACUCCAGGACCGCUGCCCCCGGAAGUCAUCAAUGCAGCCAGGCUCUUCAAGUUGAUGGUGGAUGUGCUGCCCAAAAUACCAAAAGAUCUUUCCCUGCAAGAGGGCCGCACAUUCAUAAUGCCUGAGCUCAGGAAACUGAUUAAAAACGAAACUGAUCUGACGUUGAUUGUUGCGAAUUUGCAGAAGGAUGACAAUGGCUGCUUCGCCUGGAGUGUUAACGCGAAGGCCAUCUUCGAUGGGUGGAGUCAAUUAAUGAUCAGAUACAAGCAGUCCUUAAAGGGACUGCCGCCAUACCAGGGUGAAACACUGCUAAUUGCGGGACGAAAGACUAAGUUCGUAACGCCAACGAAUGUCAAGAUAAUGAAGAAAUUCUUUCCCAAGUUGCAUGUCGAGUAUUUGAAUGCUCACCACAAAGUUCACGUGGAUCAGCCCCAGAAGUUUGUUCAGUUGGUUGUUGACUUUACGAAAACCUGCACAGGGUGUAAAAUGUUGUAAUCCCUUUGAAACUAUAGAGGUCGAUGGCUGGU